UAGAGCAGUUUCUAGAAUACUAAAUGAGAAAUCUGAAGGAUUAAUACAUUCACAUGGAAGAAGAAUAGUUUAUUGUAAUUGUUCUAAAUGUAAAGGAAAUUUAGUAGAUAUUCAUACACAAAUGAUUCACGAGACUGGUAAAGAUUCAGAAGAUGAUCAAGGUUCAGAAGAUGAUCAAAAAGAUAAUAAUCCUUUAUCAUCAUUAAAAGAUAAUUUAAUAUCGCUUGAUGAAAAUUCAGAGAAUGAUGUUGAAACUGUAAUUCAACAAAUGGUAUUAGAGAAAGCAGAAAAUGAUUUAUCAACUAAUUUACCUUGA